AUGACCUGCUCUCGGCUGUGCUUCCUCCUGGCCUUCGCGUCCUGCCUAGCGGUGUUGGCGCGGGCUGAGGCUAACCCCAAGGCUGACCCAAGCCCCGCCGCUCACCCUAGUCCCGCAGCUGACCCGACUCCCGAAGCCAGUCCUGACCCCGAGGCUAAUCCUAGCCCGGUUGCUGACCCUAUUCCUGACCCCAAAGCUGACCCUACCCCUGCUGCUGACCCCAAGGCUGACCCUGCCCCUGCCGCUGACCCCAAAGCUACUCCUGACCCCGAGGCCGAUGCCGACCCUGAGGCUGACCCAAGCUAUGCCGUGUACCCUACGCCUUGCUACCCCCGAGUGCAUUACGUCACCAAGUACCAGACUCAAGUGCAGGAGCUGCCGGUAUACAAGACCGUCUACAAGCACCAGUACGUGCCCACAACCCUGUACCACACCCAGUAUAACACCCAGUACCACACCGACUACGUCACCAACUACAUCCCGAAGUACAUCACGAAGUCAGUGUACAAGACCAACGUCCAGUACGUGACGCAGUACAAGACCCACUACUUCACCGACUACCACACCGCCUACGUCACCCAGACCCAACUCGUGCCUCAGUACUUCACCAAGACAUACUACCAUACUCUUUACAAGACACACGUGGCUUACGAACCCGUCUAUAAAACGCAGUACUUCCCCGAGUACGUCACCAAGACUAAGGUACGUUAUCACACCCAGUACCAGACGCAGGUGGUACCCCAGUACUUCACCGUCACCAAGACUCAUCAUACUUAUAAGACUGUUUGUCCUAAGCCUGCUUAUGUGUACUGAAGAUGAGGACAGAUGAAGGAAGGGGAAGAGAGGAGAUGGAGAAGGAGGGUGAUGUUGAUGCUGGAGAAGAGAUGAGAUGGAUUUUGAGGCUGGAGACGAAUAAGAAAACAUCAAAUCACGUCACGACGGUGAAAAAGAAAAACAAAAAACUCGACUAAAGUUACUGUAGAGCUGAGGAAAAAAAGAAAUGAAAAAAAAAAAAAAAUAAUGCCACGCUACCCCCCUCCCCCUCCCCCAGUAGACACCUGGCUAACCCCCUACCCCACCCCUCUCCCUCCCACCCUUUGCGACCCUUCACUGUGAGACUCAAUAAUAUCAUAUAAUCUUGUAUUUCCCUGCAUAUUCAUAACUAGCUUUAUGUAUUUAUAUUCUAAAGAGAAAAAAUGAUGAGCUUUUUGCUAAGCUCAUUCCCUUUGUCAUUUAGCUUUACUUUCAUUUCUUAUCUGUAUCUGUAUAUCACUUAAU